UGAGCCGCCGGAUUAUCUCGCCCUUGGGCCGCCCAGGGAGGAGGGGGGAGGGAAGGAGGGAGAGGCAUGGCCAAGUACCUGGCGCAGAUUAUCCUCGUGGGGGUGCAGGUGGUGGGCAGAGCCUUUGCCCGGGCGCUGCGGCAGGAGUUCGCAGCCAGCCAAGCAGCGGCAGACGCACGAGGGCGCUCAGGGCCUCAGUCGGAAGCAGCCUCCAGCAUCUCUGGCCUCAGCCUGCAGGAGGCCCAGCAGAUCCUCAACAUCUGCAAGCUAAACCCAGAGGACAUUCAGAAGAACUACGAGCAUUUAUUCAAGGUGAACGACAAGUCCGUCGGGGGUUCUUUCUACCUGCAGUCCAAGGUGGUGAGAGCCAAGGAGCGCCUGGACGAGGAGCUGCGGAUCCAGUCGCAGCAACGGCGAGAACAAGACGCAGAGCGCAAGCCAGACACGUAGCAGAGCCCACUCCCACUGGCCUCCCCGUCUAAAGUAUAGCUAGCCAAUAAAUUGCCCUUGUGUA